AACAGGCAUAACAAAACCGCGCUGACAUUUGAAGGUUAUGAUGUAGGUUAGAAGUCAGAAAAAGUUCAAGCCUUAUUUAUACAAGCCGAUCCGGGGCCCCAACGAUGAACCUUAAAUUAACCCUGCUUUCAUUGGCGUUCCUGUUCACUGGACUGAACGGGGCGAACGAGCCCGAACUGGCCGAACAACUAUAUAAAAAGCUGCUAAAAAGGCGACGGGCAGAGCAACUGGCCGCCAUAAAGGGGUUCCAGGAGUCUGCCAAGUAUGACCAGGCGACCCAAACAAUCAGCGCCCUGGGCGAGCGUGUUUUCGCCAUCAUCCAGGACAGCAGGGCAGUUAUGGAAUCCUCCCCAUUCAUACCGGGCGUAUCGGACUUUCCCCUGGACGAAAACAUUCGCGAUGCCCUUUCCAAUAUCAUCGAAAACACGGCAAUGUUUUCCGAAUUAAUUCUGCGCUUUCCAGAUCGUAGUGUUGCAAUGCUGAAGACCAACAACAUCUGGAAUGUUUUGCUGCAGUGGGCCAUCUCCUAUUGCUAUCAAGUCAAGUACUUGCUGGAUGAGAGUACUAUUAAAGUGCUGUCUCUGGCUAGCCAGGAGUUGAACCAUGUCCCUAGGGAUCCAGGCUAUGUGAAUCCCUACAGGAGGGCGCAGCAGAAGAAGAACCAGCUGGAGGAGGAGCAACAGCUGCCGAAGAAGAAAAGGAAAAAACUGAAGAAAGGACCACGGCUACAUGAUGAGUUUUGAUUCAGUCAAAUAAGGAAACACCAACUAGUCACUGAGCUGUGCAUAUAAUUGAACAAUUCCCUAAAAGUUCUAUCAACUUUCUUCUACUGACCUACAACUAUUUACAAUAAGACUGUAUACAAUGCUUUGCUCACUUUCAACAGUAUUUCAUUUAAUAAAUUCUACUACUAGUCAA